UUCAGCGAACAGGUUUGGCGUCAGAGUAACGCCCUGGAACGCGCAUUCCUUUCCCCCAGCCAUUAAAUGACUUCUGCAGUGCAGUGAGGAUGGAGCUGCCGCCUUGAGAUGACACAUCGACACAAGUGGGCAUAAUUUUGGACAAAAACAAAACAAAAGCAAUCAUGAGGGACAGACUGCAUCAUCUUCAGUCCAUUUCAGAGUCUAACAGCCAUCUAGAGGAGCUGGAAUCCAACUCUUUCAGCAAUGUUGAUCUGGAGGAGGAAUUCAGACAGCAGGCCGUCAUUUUUGACAACAGUGAUGAGAUGGAGUCUGUGCUCGAUGAGGCUCAGGAGACUAGGCGUGAGAUUCAGCUCAUUCGCCUCGAGGUGAAGCGUCUCAAGGAUCAAAAUACACGUUUACUUAGUCAACCGACUCGUACAACUCAGGUAAAGCAGGAUGCUAAUGUCAUCGUAGGUGACAUCAAGACACGUGGACAGGAUGUUCUGGCAUGUCUACAAAAAAUGGACGCCCACACCAAAGAGCUCGAAGAGGAGCAUGGCAUCAACUCAGCUGUGGCGAGAAUCGCCCGAACACAGUACACCACCCUAAGCAACAACUUCCGAGACGUAAUGACAGAGUACAAUGAUGCUGAGAUGGAUCACAAAGAUUCGUGCAAGCGUCAUAUUCAAAGGCAAAUGGAGAUUGUGGGCCGAGAGGUGACAGGUGACCAGAUUGACGAGAUGCUGGAGAAUGGUCAGUGGAACAUCUUCAAUGAUAACGUCAUGUCAGAAGGGAAAACGGCUCGUUCUGCACUCAACCAGAUUGAGAGCCGACAUCGCGACCUGCUGGAUUUAGAAAGCCGACUCAAGAGCCUUCAUGAAGUGUUCCUGGAUGUGGCUAUGCUUGUAGAGGAACAGGGGCCCAUGACAGACUACAUCUUAAACAAUGUUCAAAAAACCGAUGCCAUGCUUGGUGAAGUCCUUAUCAAACUGGGACAGGCCAAGAGACAUGACAAUAACAACCCAUUCAAGAAAAUGUUCUGUGGAUGCUUUCCAUGUGCUAAACACUGACCGAUUGUGAACAGUGAGGACUUGCGCAUUGGAGGGCUGCAUUAUCUACUGAUUUUUUUUCAGUUUAUCAUUUAAAAAAUAGGUAGCCAGAGAUAUGUAGGGAAAAAGGACCAUAGUUUUUCAAAGCUCUCUCAGCAAUC